GUCUCAACUUGUGUGACAACAUGUAUGAUGACACGCGAUUGCCUCUUUAGCGUCCUCGUUUGGACGUUAAACCUGCUGUUCUUGUCCUUCCAGUUAACAAGAAUGAAGUGAACAGCCAAGGGCUUUGUCAAAAUGCAGGAGAAAUGCAUCGUCUUUAUUCUUGCUGCUCUGUCAUGUGUGGCCUUCUAUCGAUCUGAUGGUUUGAUCAUUUCACCGCGAUUGUACUCACCAGGUCGUACGGACUUCGCUUUGGACCACAGAUUCUACAACUACCUAGAGAGAACUAUGGCGAAACUCACGGAACUGAGAAAAGCUCAGCAGCUGCUGGUAAGCGAGCAAGGCGUCAACAGAUACAGCAUGAAGGGUGGUGCUGAUUACGCAGCGACGAUCUUUUCCAGCUUAAAGCCCAGAGGUGUCAUAUUUAAACAUCCUCUGCGAUAUACAGAUCGAAGAUGCAAUUGGAGGCGUUGCAGGAUAAAUUAUAGGCGAAGAACAUCAAGACGAAUGUGGCGAAAAUUAAGGAAAAUUAAUAGAAAGUCACAUGACAGGAAACUAAGAAGACGGAGAAAACAAAGAAAAUACGUUCGAAAUCGAUACAGGAAUACAAGAUCCAGAUCACGGGGUAGACGAAGGGGAUUGAAAAGAAGACAGAGUCGCAGAAGAGGACGGGUUCAGAGAAGAAGGCAGAAUUACAGAAGGCGGAAAUACAGAAAAUUCAGGAAAAUGUAUAUAAAGUCACAAGACCGGAAACUAAGAAGACGGAGAGGGAGAAAACAAAGAAAAUACGUUCGAGAUCGAUACAGGAAUACAAGAUCCAGAUCGCGGGGUAGACGAAGGGGAUUGAAAAGAAGAGAGAGUCGCAGAAGAGGACGGGUUCAGAGAAGAAGGCAGAAUUACAGAAGGCGGAAUUACAGAAAAUUCAGGAAAAUGUAUAGAAAGUCACAUGACAGGAAACUAAGAAGACGGAGAGGGAGAAAACAAAGAAAAUACGUUCGAGAUCGAUACAGGAAUACAAGAUCCAGAUCGCGGGGUAGACGAAGGGGAUUGAAAAGAAGAGAGAGUCGCAGAAGAGGACGGGUUCAGAGAAGAAGGCAGAAUUACAGAAGGCGGAAUUACAGAAAUUUCAGGAAAAUGUAUAGAAAGUCACAUGACCGGAAACUAAGAAGACGGAGAAAACAAAGAAAAUACGUUCGAGAUCGAUACAGGAAUACAAGAUCCAGAUCGCGGGGUAGACGAAGGGGAUUGAAAAGAAGAGAGAGUCGCAGAAGAGGACGGGUUCAGAGAAGAAGGCAGAAUUACAGAAGGCGGAAUUACAGAAAAUUCAGGAAAAUGUAUAGAAAGUCACAUGACCGGAAACUAAGAAGACGGAGAGGGAGAAAACAAAGAAAAUACGUUCGAAAUCGAUACAGGAAUACAAGAUCCAGAUCACGGGGUAGACGAAGGGAAUUGAAAAGAAGACAGAGUCGCAGAAGAGAACGGGUUCAAAGAAGGUGGAAUUACGGAAAAAGGCGGGUUUACAGAAAAGGACGGAGUCAGAGGAGAGGACGGGUUCACAGAAAGCGGUGGGGGUACAAAACAGAAAAAAUUGUUUUAAUGGUUUUCAAAUAGUACAUGUAGUUAACAAAUAAAAACCAAAGGCAUAUCGAGA